AUGAAUGCAAACUUAAAUGUAAAAACUGAAGAUGAAACGACUGCAUCAGACAACAAUGGAGUUCUCCUUCAAAUUGACAGUAAUGAUUCAAUAACUAUUGAAAAAAAAUUACGUGUCGAAGAUUUUCGUCUUCUGCGCGAACGAUUCAAUCGUGAAACAGUUGAUGAUACUGAUAUCACGACAAAAACAGAUGAUAAAAAAAGUGGUUCCUUAAAUAAAGAAGAAUUUAUUGGAUCAUUUGAAUCUAUAUUAGAUUUAAUUCAAUAUAAAAAUCAAUUAGAAAAACUAUUUGAUAAACUUAAUUCAAAAGAAACAGGGUUGAUUAAUUGGAAUGAUUUCUGCACAUAUAUGCUUCAGUUUUAUCAAGAAGAAGAUUAUGCAAAUACUCUUCGCAUAUCACCGUUUAAUAAUGAACCGAAAAUUCGACAUGUCCCUCACAAUAAACAAGAAUUAACAGCGAAAAUUCUUCAUUUAGACAAUCCAGUUAGAUUUAUUAAUAUAAGCAAAGAAGGCUAUUUGGGCUUAUGGACACCAUAUCUUAAUCUAGAAAGAAUCUAUACGGUGAUUGAUGAACUUGAUGAUGGAACAAAUGGUACUACAGGUGUCAUGGGACAAAAUCGUCGUCGAGCUGGAACAUGGAUAACAGAUGCCAUUUAUAUGCCAGAUGUACAUAAAUUAGUGCUAACAUCUACUAGUAGAGAUUUACGAUUUUUCACUAUUACAAGUGAAACAUUUCUCGAAGAUUUUGUAUUAUUUGGCAUAAAAAAUGUGCCAACUUGUCUUGAAUAUUAUCCAAGUCAACCGGGUGGUAAUUCUGAAUCAUCUUUAAUAUUUGGUGAUGACUGCGGAUACAUUCAUAUAUUAUAUUUUAAAAAUCCGCUUAAUUCUCUAUUUGAUCCAGUUAAACGAAAAACAGAUACAACGAAAUACGAUAAAUUAUCAGCAAAUCCAACACAACGUAUAUUUUGGGAUGAAUUAAAAGAACACGAGAAAUUUGUAAAAUAUCAUAGCAUGGGUGCUAUUCAUCGAGAAUAUGUUCGUAAAAUACUUUAUUUACCACAUAAUAAUUCAAUCAUUGCUUCAAGUGGAGAUAAUCGAAAUUCUUUGAUAAUUACUAAUAUAAAUAAAUUAAAGAAACCUUAUAUUUUUCGAUUAUACAAAGGUUGUGAAUGUUUUGAUUAUAGCAAAGAAUUAAACCUUUUAAUAACUGGCGGUGCUGAUUAUCUUGCACGCAUUUGGAAUCCGUAUGUAACACAAAAAAAUAUAGCCAUUCUAGAAGGACAUCAUGCAGCAGUGAUUGAUAUUAAAAUUAAUGAGCGUUUAGCUCAAUGUUACACAUUUAGUUACGAUGCUAUGGUCAAAGCAUGGGACUUAAAAGAAUUCUUUUGUCUUCAAACCAUUUCUGUUCGAUUUCCAAGUACAUUAGGUGGAAAGAAACCAAGUUUUGGUCUUUUUCCAAUGGAUUUAUAUCUUAAUAAAUCAACAAAUACUACCGAAACAACUUUACCGGGUGGUCUAGUUUUAGCCUGUAAUGAUUAUCUAUGUUUAAUGAAACUAGGACAAGAUUUAUCUAGAGAUGGUAGUCUAACUGAAACGCAUGUAGCAUCAGUUAGUUGUGCAGUAUAUAAUCCUAAACUUAAACAAUUAAUAACAUGUGCUGAUAAUUCGAGCAUAGGUGCAUGGGAUAUUGAAUCAGGUCGAAAAGCAUAUUUUAUACUUGACGCACAUGAUGGUGAAGAAAUUACAUGUAUUGCUAUUGAUCGAUCAUAUCGAAAAGUUGCAACAGGAGCUCGAAAUGGUGUCAUUAAACUUUGGAAUAGUGCUAAUGGUCAAAAUCUUCUUGUAUUGCCAAGUGUACAAGAUGCAGAAAUUACGGGUAUAAUUUUCUUCGAUAAAGGCAUCAUCACAGUUGGAUGGUCAAGAAAAAUUGUUAAAUAUCCUGAUAUUAUUUCUGAACUUGUUGUACCUAAAGCUGAUUUAACAUGGCGUGGUUCACAAAUACAUCGUGAUGAUAUAUUAUGUUUAGACCAUUUAUUACCAGUUAGCAACAUAAUGUGUACAGCUUCGUAUGAUGGUGAAAUUAAUGUAUGGAGUAUUGAUACAGAAAAAUUAAUUAUGUGCUUACGUAAAGGAUCAGCAACUGAACUUCGUCGUUCGCCAUCGAAUUAUCGUCGAUCAUCAUCACGUCGUUCAAUGGCAAAUGGUCCAGUACCGACUGAUAAACUUCUAUUUCUUCGAUCUCGUGCUAAAGAAAACAUGAAAUUUGGUGUUUUAAUAUCAAGUGAAGGUGGUAAUCUAUACUGGUGGUCACUUUAUGGUGAACGUCGACAUAUGGGUGUGUUUCAUGGAUCAUCGAAAUCAGGUGAAUCAAUAUUAGCUAUGUGUACUGAUGCAAGCAAUCGAUAUUUGAUUUGUGGUGAUACUCAUGGUGAAAUACGUGUGUGGAAUAUAGAAAACUAUUGUUGCUCAACAGUAUCACCUGUUCUAUUCGACUCAACAACACCACCACUUGUACAUUUUUGGCAAGCACAUCUCUCACCGAUUAUUUUUUGUGAAUGGACUGAUUAUAAGGGACAAGGUGAUUUUAUAUUAACUGGAUCAACUGAUCAUACAGCACGGUUAUGGACAAUUAGUGGAGAAGAAAUUGGAAUUUUCGGACAACGACAACUAUGGGAUAUUGAAUUAAUAGUACCAUCAAGAAUGACAAUUGACGAUGAACAAAUAAGAGAAAAAAGUGCAAAUAACAAUGUCAAAGAUCUAUAUGAAAUUAAAUUGACAAUAGCAGAUAAAAUAAAUAAUUUACCAGUGCCUGAAAUUGCUAUUAACAUAGAAGACGAUGAUAGACGACCACUAUCAUCAUUUUCUCAACAUUCUGAAAUUACUAACCGAUCUAAAGUCACCGAGCCUAUAUUGCACUGGACAACACCAUCACCGCCUGUAAGUGGACUUGGCUUAUUGAUCGAACGAGGAUUAAACCAACAGAAAUUAAAACGACAAGAACGACGUCAUCGUUUUAGUGAAAUCGAUAGUCGUCAUUUAGCUAAAGGAGGCGUUUGUUACGCUCCAUUUGCUUUACUUUCAACUCAAGAUAUUGACGAUGGUAUAUCUAAUUUAAGUCAUCAUCAUUUGCACCCAAAAUCGACGGUCAUCGAAGAACUAUACAUGGGCAGUAAAAAUGAUUUGACAUCGAUAACAAGUGAAACAUCUAAAAGUCGACUCGUUCUUCCACCCAUUAUGCCACGUCAACGAACAUCAUCAUCAUUUGCAAGCAAUGCAACAUCAACAACAUCGACAGCAUUUGACGUUGACACAAGUAAUCGAUUUCCAUUAGCAUCAAGACACAAUACAUUUAUGAAGUCGAUUUCAGAAAUAUCUUAA